AUGGGAAGUCGAAGAGCUAGUUGGCAAGCCGAGGGUCCCAGAAAUGUCCCACCUGGCCAGUUUCAAGGACAACAAAUUCAAAUACCUCAGGGUCAUAUGGGACAGCCUAUGCCUCAAGGGCAAGUUCCUCAAGCUGCUCCCAUGCCACCUCAGAAUCCGAAGCAACUACAAAGGAAGCCUUCUCAGGGGAGUGCACGUCAGCCUCAAGGUCAGCAGAUGCCUAUGCAUGAUCCGAGAGUGCCUCAAGGGAUGCCGCAACAUCAAGGUAUGAUACCACAGGGGCAACUUGUUCAGGGCCAAAUGCUUCCACCACAAGCUCAGGGCAAGGUACCCCAGCCUACGCAGAUAAAUACUCAGGUUCAAAAUGCUCCUCAGGAACCUUCACCAUCUGUACUGCCUCCCAAACCUGUACCAAUGAGGCUACAGAAGCGAUCUUCCUACGGUCCACCAAGCCCGGCAGGACAGACGGUUCCUCCUCCAAAUCAGCUUUCCCAGGGGCCUAUGCCUCCUAGCUUGAAGGGACAAAACCAAAUGCCACAACAAGGUCAUAUGGCAGGCCAAAUACCUCCACAAGGGCAGCCAAACGUUCUCCAAAAGAUCCAUCCCGGUCGAGUACAGCCUCACGUCCAAAUACCUCAAGAACAAGGAAACUGGCAGCCCAGCCCGCAUCCUGUGAUGCCUCAGAAUUCCCGACCAGUGUCGAUGCAACCUCAGUCAUCGCAGAGUGCUGGUUCAAAGGAAGGCAAGGAGGGGAAGAAAUGGUUGAAGUGGCUGAAAGGUGGUUCCAAAUCUGUUUCCCACAGUCCGACUACGCCAGUCAUUUCUUCACCCAUAUCUCCAGUUGUUGGACGCCCAGGCUGGGGUGGGGGUGAAUAUUCGCAGCAGGCUGUAUGGCAACCUGGGCAACCUGUUCCUACUGGACCUCAGCCAGGUCUUCAGGGGAACAGGCCGCCGCCUCAGCAAAUGCAAAUGCAAGUACAGACGCAGAUGCCUCCUCAGCAAAUGCAAAUGCCUCCUCAGCAAAUGCAAAUGCCUCCUCAGCAGGCACCGAUGCAUCCCCGACCUCUUCAAAGACAAUCUCAUUCUUUUCAGACGGUUCAUGAGUCAAACCAGAUGGGCUUUCAACCUGGUCAGCCUAGCCAAAUGUCUCUUCAGCCUAGGCAGAUGCCUCCUCAAGCAGGACAGUUGCCGACGCAAAAGAGGUAUUCACCUCCCCAGCAGGUCCAGACACCUGUUCGACAAGAACAAAUGGCUCCUCCCCAGAAUCAAAUACCUUCCCAGCCAGGACAGCUAUCUUUUCAGAAGAGACUGUCACUUCAGCAGGCGCCAAUGCCGACGCAUUUUAACGAUGUGGCUCCAAAACCUGGCCAGGCUCCGUCACUGGUCCCAGCACCACUGCAUCCUCAGCCUGAACCUCAAUCGUAUCCUGUAGCAGCGCAGCCGGCAGCAGCGCGUCCAGUGGAGAAGCCGGCAGCUUUACCAGCAGAUAUCUCACGGCCUGUGUUGGAGGCGCCUCUCCACCCCGUCAACCUUCUCCAGGUGAAGUUCGACCUUUGGAACAAGCUUCUGUGCCUCAGUUCAAAGCACCUGAACCAACUCAGCCGCCUCAACCCUCUGCAUCCAAUUAUCUCCAACCCGAUCAGGCUGCUAAUGAAAGCCUGUCGCCACAUGCACCGGCAGCGAGUCCAGGUCAUUCUGAUACAGCCACCUCUCCUUUAA